CAGAAAAGAAAUGGAAUGCCAAUGCAACAAAACAGUGGUCCGUAUCUUGUGCAACGACGACAGAGCUGAGCCGUUGAGGCACACAACACGAUCUAUGCACAUGAGGCCUUGUUUAGUUGAGAAAAAUUUUGGAUUUUGCUACUGUAGCCAACGGCCAACAGCGGUGGAGGCACUACAGGCCGAGCUGCUAGCACUUCGGGCCCAGCAGGAGGCCCAGUUGGCUGAGCGAGAGGCUGAGCGAGCCGAGCGGGAGGCCGAGCGUCAGAGGAUACAAGCUUUGGAGGCCCAGCAAGAGGGUUUGCUCAAGUUCGUGCAACAACUUGGGCAACAACAAGGUUGGGAGAUCCCAGCACAGCUGCUUGCACCACCACCACCACCAUAUCGUCGAGAGUCUACUCCGCAUGCAUCGGGGGCGGCGUCCAACCAUGUCGGAGGGUCGCCAGGAUCGCACGGCGUGCUAUGCACACCUAGACCGUCGCCGGGAUCGCAAGCUGGGGCGUCCCAACCCUCGCCGGCAUCGCACACUGGACAGUCGCCGUGUGCUGCCUUGGGAGUUGUUUUUAUGUAUUAAACUUGUGAACUUGGAAUAAUAUGUACUCUUGAACGUGUGGUUUGUAAUAUAUUCUGAAUUUCGUAUAAAUUUGGUCAUUUGUGAUAUAUAUAAAUGUGGUUUGUGAUA